AUGGGCACUCAGACCAACGAAGUCAUUGCUGUAGCCAUCGACUUCGGCACCACAUACUCUGCCGUCGCCUUUGCACAACUCAAUGUGGAAAAUCCCAUACCAAUCCAAAUUGGCGACUGGCCAGGACAGGUUGCUGGAGGCACCAGCUACGCAGUCCCCACUGUGGUGGUCUACCCCGACAAAGGUGGUCCCUCAGUUUGGGGGUUUGAAGCCGAGAACUCUGAAGACAAACUGUACCCGAAGUUUCGGAUUUUCAAACCCUUCAUAGAGCCGAGUUCUAUGAUCCACUAUCGAACUCCGCCGGGCAUCACACUGAAAGAUGUUGUGCAUGAUUAUAUUCAAGGAUUGUAUGAUCACCUGAUUGAACACAUCACUGGGAAGCGCAUCUAUUCGCCAAAUAAUACAAAGUUGGAUAUCCUAUUGACUGUUCCGGCGGCAUAUUCGAAUUCUACCGUGGAGAACUUUCGAAGGAUUGUGGCGACUACGGGAAUUGGGAAUCAUACUUUUGGGGUCAGGUUGACGGAGCCGGAGGCGGCAGCUCUUUACACUGUAGAGUCAAUGGGUUUGAAACGGCCCGAGGAUAUUCCUAGUUGGAAGAAAAAUGACUGCUUUAUCGUUUGUGAUGCUGGCGGAGGAACCGUCGACAUUGCAUCGUAUACUGUCCUAAGAUUGAAUCCAAGCAUCCAGGUUGCACAUACUGGUGUAAUAUCAGGCAGCUACUGCGGAUCAACAAUUAUUGAUAGAGAAUUCACUUCUUAUAUAAAGCAGGAGAUAGCCGAUAACGCCAAGACUAGACCGCUAAUAGAGCGUCUAAAUAAAGAUUUCAUCAUUGAAAAGGAGCGUUUCAACAAUAGCCUUGAUGAAGAGUCUUUCCACAUUUUCUUCGGCAACAAGGAUCAACUUAAGGGGGUUUUCGGCGACGAGAAGAUUAAACUUGAGUUGAAAAACGGUUAUCUUUCUAUUUCUCGAACACAAAUGCACGGCUUUUUUGCGAAAUCCUUGAAUGAAACCAAAGGUCUGCUUGCUAAUCACAUUAAGCAAUGUGCGGCCGGUGGUUACCGGGUGGGCGCUAUCUUCCUCGUCGGCGGGCUCGGAUCUUCGCCGUAUACUAAACAACAGGCUGAAGAUUACGCCCAAGAAAUUGACUUUGAAAUUCGGGUUUAUCAACCCCCCGAUGCACAACAAGCGGUAGUACGUGGAGCUCUUACUAAGCAAAUUCAGAUGCUUAAGGAACUUGAAGAUCCUGUGCAGUCGCGGCUUUGCAGGAAACAUUAUGGGCUGGUCACGAUGAAGCCUUUCAGUGAGACAACACAUUUUGACUAUGAAAGAUAUGUGGACCCGUUGACAGGGAACGUUCUUGCAAAAAACCAAAUUGAGUGGUUGAUACGUAAAAAUGAGUCCUUCAGCGGUGCAAAUGAAAAAUGUAUCGAGAAGGUUUUUAAGAGGGACUUCCUCCCCUCAAAGCUCGGCUACCGUUGGAAGGAGGUUAUUGUCGAAUGUUCCCACGACAAUCCACCGUUCCGUGUUGAACCUGGUGUUACGCAAGUCUGUACUCUGGUCCCUGACCUCACUAGUUGCCAAGUUCGUGAAUUUGAAAAGAUCAAGAAAAAGAAGGGGAAUCCCUUUGCCUUCAAAUCGAGCAAAUAUUAUCAUGCUAGGUAUAAAAUUAAAAUAUUUAUCGGGAGCGUAGGUGUAAGGUCAGAAAUGUUUUAUAGGGACGAGCCGAGACCUGACCUGAUGGCUGUUUUGUGGCCUGAGACAGAGGAGAAGAAGGAAAACGAUGAAAGAUCUAACUAG